GGCGAUCAUGACAAGGAGGACGUCGCCGAUUCUCAGGACGUCGUUGCUGUUGCUGCUGCUGGCGCUCUCACUGGCCCGGUAGACAUGGAGGCCGAGGCUCCCCUACCACCAGCGAAGCGCAGACGUAGGGCUGGACGGAAAGCCAUCACGAAGGGGAGUGGUGUUGCGCUCAAGAUGCCCACUCCUCUUCGUCCAGUCCAGGCCCCCGUCACACAGCAGCAGCAGCAGCCUCGGGGCAGCAUCGCCAAGCGCAAGCGCAAGCUUGCAGAGGUCAUCGAGGAGUCGCCGUUGGACGCUCCUCAGCCUCCCAAGGAUGCUGCAGCCGCUGCAGGUGACAGCGGCGUCAGCACCGUGGAAGGAAGCGCACCUCCACGGAAGCGGACGCGUCGAGCCACCCGGAUGGCCGGCGCGGAGGCCAAUGCCACCGCUGCUGCUGACGCCGUCGCCGAUAACAACCCGGUCAAGAACCAUCCCACCGUGGAACCCCCAGUGGUCGCGACGGAACCGGGCGGCGAAGUCACCCUCGCAGCUCCCGGGCAGCUUGCUCUCCCCCCCUUCCCGGCUGACAGCUUGGAGGGGUCCAUCUACUUGGCCCAGCAUCAGGUUAUGAGCCGUGAGCUGGGUCGCCGGAUCGAUGACUGUCGUGUCAAAUGGACCGCAGCCAUCGAGGCCCUUGAGUCUGCUCGGCAGCUCAUGGAUAGUUGGUUGGAGCUUUGGAAGAAGGGUCAGUAA